UGCUGCGCUUGCCGGUGAUUAAGGCCGUGCGCUGCGAGGCAGGACCGGCACCAUGCCGGGGAUGGUGCUCUUCGGCCGUCGCUGGGCCUUCGCCAGCGACGACUUGGUCUUCCCUGGGUCCUUCGAGCUGUUCCUGAGAGUGCUGUGGUGGAUUGGCAGCCUGACUUUGUACCUCCUGCACCGAAGGAAGCUGGGCUGUGCUGGUGGGGUCCUGCUUAGUACCUACCUCAUCGUCCUCCUCCUCCUUCUGGCGGUCAUUAUCUGUGUGGUUUCAGCCAUCGUGUAUGUCAGCAUGAAAGGAACCAUCUGCAACCCUGGCCCUCGGAAGUCUAUGUCUAAGCUGCUUUACAUCCGCCUGGCACUUUUCCUGCCGGAGAUGGUGUGGGCUUCCCUGGGGGCAGCCUGGGUGGCACAAGGUAUCCAGUGCGACCGCACAGUUGUGAAUGGCAUCAUUGCCACUGUCAUCGUGAGUUGGCUCAUCAUCGUUGCCACUGUAGUCACCAUUGUCAUCGUCUUUGACCCCCUGGGGGGAAACAUGGCUCCAUAUUCCUCGUCUGGACCAGAUCACCUGGAUAGCAAUGACUCGAGCCAGUUCUUUAAUGGCCUCAAGACUGCAGCCAAGAGCGUGUGGGAGACAAGAAUCAAGUUCUUGUGCUGUUGCGUUGGCAAAGAUGACCACACUCGAGUGGCGUUUUCGAGUACGGCAGAGCUUUUCUCAACCUACUUUUCAGACACAGACCUGGUGCCCAGCGACAUCGCCGCAGGCCUCGCCCUUCUCCAUCAGCAGCAAGAUAACAUUAGUAGCCUCCAGGAGCCGCAGGAGGCCACCAGCCCCACCCAGGGGCUCUCCCAGGAAGCAGAUUUGGAUGCAGAGCUAGAAAACUGCCAUCACUAUAUGCGGUUUGCCGCCGCCGCCUAUGGCUGGCCCCUCUACAUCUACAGAAACCCGUUCACAGGGCUCUGCACAAUUGGUGGGGACUGUUACAGAAGCAGAACAGCAGAGUAUGACUUGGUUGGAGGUGACCAACUCAACUGCCAUUUUGGCUCCAUUCUACAGACCACAGGGCUGCAGUAUCGAGACUUUAUUCAUGUCAGCUUCCACGACAAGGUAUAUGAGCUGCCCUUCCUGGUGGCUCUGGAUCACAGGAAGGAGUGUGUCUUGGUGGCCGUGAGAGGGACCAUGUCUCUCCAGGACAUCCUUACUGAUCUGUCUGCAGAGAGCGAGAGCCUUGACCUGGGAGUGGACCUGCAGGACUGUGUAGCCCACAAGGGGAUUUCCCAGGCUGCCAGGUACAUUUACCAACGCCUCGUCCAUGAUGGGAUUCUGAGCCAGGCAUUCAGCGUUGCUCCUGAAUACCGGCUGGUAAUUGUGGGGCACAGCCUGGGGGCAGGGGCUGCUGCCUUGCUGGCCAUCAUGCUGAGGGGCUCCUAUCCCCAAGUCCGAGCCUAUGCCUUCUCACCACCCAGGGGGCUGCUCAGCAAGUCCCUCUACGAGUACUCCCAGGAUUUCAUUGUGUCACUCAUCCUAGGAAAGGAUGUGAUCCCCAGGCUUAGUGUGUCCAACAUGGAAGAUUUGAAGAAGAGACUCUUGCAAGUGAUUGCUCACUGUAAUAAGCCAAAGUACAAGAUCCUCCUGCACGGCUGCUGGUACGAGCUGUUUGGAGGGAGCCCUUCCAACUGUGCAACCGAGCUGGACGGGGAAGGCCAGGGUGCCCUGACGCAGCCCCUUCUAGGGGAGCAGAGUCUGUUGACACGCUCUUCCCCAGCCUACAGCUUCUCCAGCGACUCCCCCCUGGACACCUCCCCCAAGUACCCGCCUCUGUACCCUCCCGGUAGGAUCAUCCACCUGGAGGAAGAGGGCUCUGCAGGGAGGUUUGGCUGCUGUUCCUCAGCUCAGUACAGGGCGAGGUGGGCCCAUGAAUCAGCAUUCAGCAAAAUUCUCAUCGGCCCAAAGAUGCUGACGGACCACAUGCCUGACAUCUUGAUGAAAGCUCUGGCCAGUGUGGUGACCGACAGGGCAGCCUGCCUCUCUUGUCCCAGCCAAGGCGGCUCAGAUGCAGACAUGGUGUGACCAGGCCUAUGGCAGAGGGCUGACUCCUGCAUUGGUUCUCAGGCUUACUUAAAAUGUAAGAGACUUCUGUGAGGCCAUCGGCAGGACUUGAAGGGCUUUGAAAAAUGACCAAGCAAUGGACAGUAACUAAGUUGUCAUAGUAUUAACAGGCUCAGGAGUCGGAGUGUACAGGCAGAUCCUGAGCCUGCACAGUGCAGGAACCCCCCCCAACCCCACCCAGGGCCAUCUGUGAACUGCCUCAAACAGGGGGAUCCAAAAGUGUUUGAAGACUCCUCGUUGGAUCUGCUGCCUCCCCCCUCAGGGUCUUGUCCUGAAUCAAUUUGGACAAGUCUGAACUUGGAUGAGAGAUGUACACUAUUUUUUUAAUUGAGUCACCCCUAAUUGGGGAUGUUCAGGGCAGCCCUGAGCUCGAACCUGGAAUGAAAAAUGGAGCCAAGGAAGAGCUCAGCUCUGCUCCCCUGAGGCAGAGGCAGCCAGAGCUGACCACCUCAUGCAUUAUUCUGGGUUGGAGGCCAGCUUGGCUCAGGGCACUAGACUUUAAUAAAGCACUUACUUGCCCAUCACUAGAGCUAUCCAGCGUUUCCAGCAGGCCCACCGGAUAGUUUCUACCCCAUUCAUGUUUGAAGUGGGUCUGUCUACUGUUAAAAAAAAAAUGAAAUCAAGUUCUCUUGG